GUAAUUUGGAAAUUUGCAACAAAAAAGCAUAUGGCGAUGGUAAUUCUAGAAAAAAGAGAGGAAUUGGAGAUGACCUUACACUGUGCUCGCAAUGUUGUUACGACGAUAUGUGCAAUGUAAGAGGAUGCGGCUAUAAACAUCCUCCAAGUAACACGACGAAAUGUUUUAGUUGUAAUGAGGUAUACGACGGUGGACCACCUUGUAUUAAUACUGUGGAUUGUGAUCUGAAAGUAUAUGCAUGUUCAGUAAGCCUUUCCCGUCGAUCCAUCUAUCCACAUGCAUAUGAACUUGGCUGUAAAUUUAAAAGAAUGCAAUGUGACUUGUUCCUCUCUUUGAAUGCUGAUCUGAUGGAUAAGAAUGUUAAAUGUUGUGAUACAACUCUUUGCAACGCCAGUCCAUACAACAGAAAAGUCAACCAAACUGCCAUUGCGAUGAAUUUUACAUGUCCAACUGGAAUAGUACGACCUUCAACCACGCCCACUACAACAACAACAACAAUGACAACAACAGCAAGACCUUCAAUAACGACUGAUACAACAACAGCAACAACAACAACAAUAGCGACAACAGCACGACCUUCAACCACGACUGAUACAACAACAACAACAACAAAAGCAACUACAACAGCACGACCUUCAACCACGACCGAUACAACAACAACAACAACAACAACAACAACAGCAGCAACAACAACAGCACGACCAACAAACACGACUGAUACAACAACAACAAAAACAACAACAAUAGCAACAACAACAGUUCGGUAUCCGAAUCAGUGUUCUUUUGACGAGAAUAACCUAUGUUCUUGGACACAAUCAUCUGAUGAUAAUUUCAACUGGACACUUCAAGACGGACCGACAGAUUCAGCUGACACGGGACCUUCAGUGGACCACUCGAUUGGAAAUGAUCAAGGGAAGUACCUGUAUAUAGAAUCAUCUUCACCUCGUAAGCAAGGUGAGUUUGCUAGAUUAGAGUCACCUACCCUGUCUUCUAGAAGAAAGACUUGCAUGUCGCUAUGGUACUACAUGUAUGGAGAUGGUAUUGGCAACUUAACAAUUCUGAUACAAAAGGGUCAGAACACAAAGUCCGAGAAUGUUCUCUUCAACAUCUCCGGGAAUCAAGGUCAGCGUUGGUGUCCAGCUGUUGUUGAAAUACCUGCUUUAUCUAUGGUUUAUGAUUACACACUUGUCAUACAGGGUGAUGUAGGGUCAACAUAUCAUGGUGAUAUUGCAAUAGAUGAUCUUCUUAUUAGUGAAACCGCCUGUACAGUUACUAAAUGUAACAAACCAAGCGUUUCUGCAUCAAUUGUAGGAUAAACUCUGGAGUGCAGCUCGCUCUGAUUUGUAAUGUUUUUUUUUCUGUCUUAACAUCUUAAUAAAUAUGUUAUGAAGACUAA